UGCACGCGCUCAGAGGCACGCCUCGAGGCGGAGUCCCGCCCCGCGCAGACGGGAGGCUGGGCGCUGGGCGGGUCCCGGGGCGGAGCGAGGCCUGGCCGGGCGUGAUGGAGCGGCGCUUCGGGGUGGCGGGCUCGCUCUACGCCGCCGCCGCUGCUGCUGCUGCCGGCGGGGACGGGGAGGAGGCGGAGGCGGCCGAGGCCCGGCAGCAGGCGCGCCACUACCGGCUCCUCUCCGAGCUGCAGACGCUCGUCAAGGACCUGCCCAGCUGCUCCCAACAGAGGCUGUCCUACACCACCCUUAGCGACCUGGCGUUGGCUCUCAUCGAUGGGACAGUCUUUGAGAUUGUCCAGGGCCUGCUCGAAAUCCAGCAUCUGACGGAGAGAAACCUCUACAACCAGCGCCUCAAGCUGCACAGCGAACACCGAGUUCUCAAGCAGGACCUCAUCCAGAAACACAAAGAGGCCCAACAGAGCUGCAAGCCGCACAACCGGCCCCUCCUCAAGGCAGCCCAGCAAAGGGAGUUGGAGGCCCUGGAGCACCGGAUCCAUGAAGAGCAGCAGAUGAUGGAUGAAAAAAUCGUCCUGGAACUGGACCAGAAAGUGGUCGACCAGCAGAGCACGUUGGAGAAAGCGGGCGUCUCGGGGUUUUACAUUACCACCAACCCACAGGAACUGACUCUCCAGAUGAACUUGCUGGAAUUAAUUAUAAGGCUGCAGCAAAAGGAACUGCAGCCUGCAAAGCCCUUCUCUGGAGGGUUGUAGGGCACGGCCGCUGCUCUCUGCCUCGGGAGGUCGUAUUAAGGCAGGCUACACACAUUGUGCUUCCGAGAAGACCGGGGCACCCCAAAUGCCUUGCCGGAGUGCCAAAGGAAAGGGGGCCAAGGACAGGCCUCCGUGGGGCCAGGAAGGGUGGCUCUCUCGCCCACGGCCAGAAGUUUGGCUUCAUUUUUGUUUCAAUUAUUUAUUUUAGCGCCCUCUUAGGGGUGUGUUUUAAAUUAGAGGGCUUGAGUGUCCCCCGUACCCUAGGGGUUGGUGUUUGGAGGACGUGGCAUAUGAAAAGGUGAGACAAUAAAGGUUGCUCCUUGCCCCUU